CACCAGCUCAUUUGCCAUGUGGAAAAAUAAAAAAUACACAUUCCUAAUAGAUUGGGGUUUCUUCUCUCUCCCUGUCUCUAUGGAUUUACUGAGUGCUCAAGCAAUUGUAAUCGUCCUCAAAACAAAAUAGCUAUUGUUAAAAAGUGGGGAUAAUUUAUUUAAUGGUUUCUGCAAUCAGACAAUCUAGGCAUUAUAAAAAUUGCAGCCAUGCUCCAAGGAACCAUAACAUGAGAAGUGGUAGUUCUCAGUUGUACGGAGUGUAGAAUCAUGCUCUUCUAGUUAUACUGUUGAACUUCUAAAGAUGAGAAAUCAUGUGAUAUCCUUUGAGUAUGAAUUAUUUGUGUUUAAACCUAUGCAGAAUAGUCUUGAGAAAAAUGGGCACAACACCAUCACCAAUAUGCCGGGAAUUCAUUUCUGUGGAAGGAAAUGAUAUCUAUUCAAGAAGUAGACCUGAUGGAAUCAGAUUCCGUCUUGUCUCAUAUAAUAUUUUAGCUCAGGUCUACGUGAAGAGUUCUUUGUUUCCACACUCUCCAUCUCCUUGUCUCAGGUGGAAAGCUCGUUCACAUUCAAUUUUAUCUGUUCUCAAGAACUUUGGAGCUGAUUUUCUCUGUCUACAGGAAGUUGACGAGUAUGAUAGCUUUUACAAAGAACAUAUGGAACGUCUUGGUUAUUCUAGUAUUUAUGUCCAGAGAAGCGGGCAGAAGCGUGAUGGAUGUGGAAUUUUUUAUAAGCCAGACAGUGCAGAGUUGGUUUUGGAGGAGAACAUAGAAUACAAUGAUCUUGUAAAUUCAGUUCAAGAUGGAGAUGUUUUAGGUGCUGAUGAACAAGAUGACGUGCUUACUAAAGGAAAUAGGGGAGCUGAACUGAAAAAUGGUUCAGCAUUAAAGAAAGCUGCGGAUGAGCGUGGAGAUCCCAAUGAUCCUCGUGUGAGACUCAAACGUGAUUGUGUUGGAAUUAUUGCUGCAUUCAAACUCAAAGAUCCUCCACAUCAUGUUGUUGUCGUGGCAAACACACACCUGUACUGGGAUCCUGAAUGGGCUGAUGUCAAGCUUGCACAAGCUAAAUAUCUUUUAUCACGCUUGGCUCAAUUUAAGGAACUAGUAUCCAACAGACUUGAAUGUAUACCUUCAGUAAUAGUGGCUGGUGACUUUAAUUCAACUCCUGGGGAUAAGGUUUACCAGUACCUGAUUUCAGGCAACUCUUCAUUGGCACCAGUGGUGGAAUGUUUAGAAGACAUUCCUAUUCCGUUGUGCAGUGUCUAUGCUUUUACUAAAGGAGAACCACAGUUUACAAACUGCACCCCUGGCUUCACUGGUACACUUGAUUAUAUAUUCUUUUCUCCAAAUGAUAACAUCAAACCCGUCAGUUUUCUGGAGCUUCCGGACCCAGACUCACCUGAUGUUGCUGAAGGAUUACCAAACUAUAGUCACCCUAGUGAUCAUCUUCCAAUUGGUGCUGAGUUUGAAAUUACCGGGGAAUAAGUUUUCAUGGUGCAUUCCUGAAGAAAGAUAGAGCAUGACCAAGAGGACUUGAAAAACUAGUUAGCAGGUUCUAUUUUUUAUAAAGUUUUUUUUUCUUUAAUUGAUUACUAGCCUUGAUAAUUUAUUUGUGAUGACCUUCUAGACUGUAAUAAGCAAAUUGAUUUGUGAUAGUUAAGGACAGAUUAUUGAUCCAUUUUUUUAAAAAGCUAUUUAGGCAAGGGAUUUUUAUCCCAUUUUGUAGACU